AUGAGUAAUAAGGAUUACGUGUCCCGGUGGGAUUCACCCCAAAUCGCAGAGAAGAGCAAAAGCAUGAAGGAUGAUGAGCACAUUUAUGAUGUGGACAUUACACUAGAGGACAAGUACAUCAAGGAUUAUGAGGUAACAGGGGCUAGUAGGUUUGCGUUCUUCGUCUUGGGCCUCAUGACUCUGUGCGGACUGAGGUCUUUCAUCGUGAGUAAGAUAGCCUUCCAUCCCCCCCAAUUGAAGGGAUACGAGGUGGUGGACAACCAGUUCAUGUACAAGAACCCCUUCAGUUCAUACGACAUAAAUGAUCUACUGGAACAGAACAACGUAGGAAUAAAAUACAAUAAAAUAGUGAACGGGACGGAUCAAGUGGCAUCUAUCCUCCUCUACAGAAAGCCACUUGACCUAAACAAACAAAUCAUUCUGUACUCACAUGGCAACAACACAGACAUGGGACACUCAUUACCAUCCUACAUCAACUUAAUCUUUCAAACUGAUGCAAAUAUAAUUACCUAUGACUACAGUGGAUACGGAUAUAGUAAUAAGAAACCAACAGAAAAAAGUAUGCACAAAAAUAUUAAAAUGGUAUACAAUUUUUUAACGGAAAAUCUUCGUAUUAAUCCGUUGAAUAUAAUAUUGUUUGGCCAUAGCAUUGGAACCUGUGCAAGUAGCUACUUAAUUAGUUUGAGGAAUAUAAAGGUAGGGGGGUGUAUUUUGCAAUCCGGCUUGGCCAGUGGGAUAAAGCUCUUAUUCCCUUUUCAGAAGAGGUACCUUUCUUGGUUUGAUACAUUUAAAAAUUAUGAGAAGUUGCGCAAGGCAUCUAUUCUCCCUGUGUACAUUAUGCAUGGGAAAAUGGACGAACAUAUUCCAUACUACCAUUCGAUCAUUUUACUAAACACACUUCGAAAAAACUUCGAGAAGAAGUACAAGAAAAUGAAGACAUUGUCUCAUUCUCCGGAUAAGAAUGUCGAUAUUAAAUCCCUCAUCACAUUCUGGGGCAUUGCCAAUUCGGACCAUAACAACAUUGAAUUAGUCAACACGGACAACUUCUAUCGCCGCCUCCGCGCCUUCCUCAUGUUUUGUAAGAAGUACAACCGGGUCUAG